UAUCAACUACAAAUGAUAAAAGAUUAAUCGUACUAGUGGAAAAAAUAUAUGAAAAUUUAAUUUAUCAAUAAGUUGCAUUCAGUCAAACAUCAUGUCUUUGCAAAGUUUCGAAAACCUGUUAUCGAAAACCGUCGGUGCCAACAAAAAAAUUAUUCAUAGUGAUAUUACAAAUUUAGUUGCCGCCGGGGAAAACUUUGGAGGUGAAUUGCUCAAACUUACAAUAACCGUUGAAAAUCAAAUUACCAAAGAGACCGAAGUAUUACAUGCUGUUGCUAAGAAAAUUCCAGAGAUGGAAUUGUUCCAGAAAAUUUUCAAUAUUCAAGAAACUUUUAAAAGUGAAAUCAUAUUUUACGAAAAACUGGUACCUAUUUUCAGACAAUUUCAAGAACAACAUAAAAUAAAAAAUGUUUUAAAUUGUUUUGCUGAACUAUAUGGAAGUCGUUUGAAUUUGAAUGGAAGUGAUAUUGUAGAUAGAGACGCUGUAAUUAUACUUGAAGAUUUGAUAGUUUCAGGUUACAAGAAUCUUGAUCGUUAUAUUGGUUACGACAUGGAGGAAGCAAAAUUAGCUUUGAAAGAAUUGGCUGUUUUGCAUUCCGUACCGUUGGGAAUAAAAAUGAAAAAACCAGAUCUAUUUCAGAAAGAUAUAAGACCACAUUUGGAAGAAAAAUUCAAACCUCAACAGGGAAUACUUGAUACGUUAAUGUUUAUAUCAGAAAUUCUAUUCGAAUCUGAUAAAUGUGCAGCUGCAGUUACCAAGGUACAAAAGGUUUGGAAACUGUUCACAAAUAAUCCAGAUUCGUAUAAACCUAGGGAGCCUUUCGCAACUCUAUCUCACAGUGAUCUUUGGGUGAAUAACAUAAUGAUAAAACAUGACAAAGGAAAGCCAAUACAUAUUAAAUUCGUCGAUUUUCAAGUUUAUAAUUACAAAUCUCCGGUAAUGGAUUUGCUGAAUUUCCUUUUUACUAGCGUUCGAAAUGAAGUACUUAAAGAAAAUAUUGAUGAUUUAAUUAGGUUUUAUCACAAAGAAUUGAUAGAGAAUCUGAAACAACUAGAAUGUGAUACAGAAGACUACAGAUUUUCUGAGUUUCAAAAAGAAUUACAGGAAGACGCAUCUAAAGUGCUUUGUUGGGCACUUAACUUCAUUCCGUUCAUUAUUUUCGGACCGAAAGGAAAAGUUGGUGCAUCGCCCCAUGGAGAUUUCGAUAUUAAUAGUAACAAAAUUAGAGAUGAGAUGAGAAAGGCAACUCCUUACAUCGCCAAAGAGAAGAUGCAAUUCAUUGUAGAAUAUUGUGAAAGUAAGAAGUGGAUUUGAAAUUAAAUUAUUUUGAUAUUGUUUUUAUUAUUAAUUGUAUAAUGUUAUCUAGAUAAAAAAAUAAGCAAAAUAAAUUAAAUUCUGUACUUUGUACACUAUUUGAAAAUUCAUAAAUCAACCAAGUCGUGUUAUAUAUAACGGUGAAACGAUUUCUUGAAUAGUUCAAACUAUCCUGAACAAGUCACUUGCGAUGACGAAAAAGGUCUGCUUUGUAGUAACUUCCACGUUAGGAAGAAUCUUCAAUUAUAAAGCUGUGAAAAUAAGCCAUAAAAAAAACAUGCCCUAUGUAUUGGGUGAUAAUUCGUAAAUCUUUUCUUCCUAUUCAGCCAAACUUUAAUAUGCGGAAUUAAUAUUUUUGUGCAGCUGCCUUUGUCCAUCAUAUUGGUACAGAUUUUGUCCAAGUGAGUUUGUAAUUUCAAAUCAGUAAAAACGAAUCAUGAAUCCAUUACUUAUAGUUUGUACGUCUACGUUUUUUAGUAAACCAAAUUUCAAUAUUUGGAAUUCAUUUUUCGUAGAGCUACUUUUGUAUGUCAUACUGGUUGAACAUUUUUCAAUGGAAAUCCUUUUCUCUUUUACUUUAGUUACAUAGUCUUAACCAUAACGGAAAGUGGAGAUACUUAAUCCUCCGCUUUUAAAAUAUUAUUCACAACUUAGAAUUCUUCCUGUACCAACAACCAUACUGCACCCAAUAGCUAGAAAAAAAAAAUAAAUUUGCGCGAAAUAAAAAGUGAUUUACGAAG